AUGGAGGAAGAAAAAACCCCCCAUCACGUGUACACGCAAUGCAUGAAGAACCAAUCCCCCAACCUCGGCACCCACACGGUCGACGCGUGCGGUUGCCACCGCAGCUUCCACCGCAAAGUCUCGGCUCCGAGCACGGCUACUGAGAGUCAAGAGAAAGAGGAUCAUAGGUCGACGAGAAGAGCGAGGACAAAGUUCACGGAAGAGCAGAAGGAGAAGAUGGGGAGGUUCGCGGAGAGGGUCGGGUGGAGGGUACCGAAGAGGGAGAGAGAGGGGGAGGAGAGGGAGGUGGAGAGGUUUUUGGAGGAGGCCGGAGUUAGUCGGAGGGCCUUUAAGGUUUGGAUGCAUAAUCAUAGGAAUAAUAAUAAUGCAUACUGUGUUGCUGGACGAGGUCAGCAGGGCUCUGUCGCUGCGGCUGAUUCUUCUGGGACUGACGGGGCUGAGACUGAUGAUGUUAGUGUUCUUGCUAUAACUGCUAGUGGUUAUAGUUAUUAGGUUCUUUUUUCUUUAUCUUUUUUUGUGGUUUCAUGUUCUUUUUUCUCUUUUUUUCCCCCUCGUUUAUGUUGAUGUUCUUGUUGUUAUGAGGUGAUUAUGAUCGUUGUGUUUAGGAAUAAUUCAGUUUUUGUUCCAUAAGAGGGAACAAACUUGUAGUUGUUAAA